AUGGACAGGCUCAACGCCAAGCUGUACAUGCAGAACUGCUACAUCCUCAAGGAGAACGAACGGCUGCGCAAGAAGGCCCAGCUGCUGAACCAGGAGAACCAGGCCCUGCUCACCGAGCUCAAGCACCGCCUCGCCAAGACAGCGGCCGGCAAGCCCAUCGGCAACGCCGCUGCUGGCGCUCGUGCGCCCCUCCCUGACCUCAACGCGGCUCCACCGGCACACGCCGUCCACGACAAGGCGACGCCCAAGUCCAAGAAGACUGUCGCAAACUGA